AUGGUUCAGAACGGAGGAGACUUCGACCUCGACAUCGACAUGGCUACCGACAACGUCACCGAAGUAGCAGCUACGAGCUACGAAGACAAGGACAGUGACACAGACAGUCUCGGACACAACGGCGACGGUGAAGACGAACAAGCACCGUACUCCGAACUGGUCACUGUGAACCCAGAGACAGGUCUUGCCAAAUGGGACAUGGCAGGAGAAUAUGCACCGCCAGUUUCGAUUCUCCUAGCCUUGAGGUAG